AUGUUGGCCUCAAGACGUCAAUCUUUUCACCCUCCAUCAUCGCACCUACUCAUACCCGAUCAACAACAACAACAACAACAACAACAACAACAACAUUGGGCUUCCAACACAAUCACAUCACAACAACCUAUCUACAACAAUAACAACAACACGACGGCGACCCUCACCAGUAACACCUUUUCGUUCGGCGCCGAUCAGCCGUUGUUCGAAUUCCAACCCCACCACUUCAACCCGAGUCCGUCUCAAUCGCUGAUGCCCACCGAGUCGGCAAACCAUAGCUGGCUCUCAAACGGCCAACUGACUCCGACGUCUACCACGAGAGCUCAUCACCACCGCGAGUCCUCGCUGUCGUCCUUGGGAUCAGCAGGACCGGCUUCACCAUAUACCGUCAACACUUCGAAUCCACAAGUAGCCGGGGAUAUCUAUCAUGACUUUCACGACUUUCAACAAUCUUCUUCGAAGCCUUUGACACCAGUGCAUACACCGUCGCAGGAGCACUUUCUUACAUCUCAGUACUCGAAUUUCUACCACACGUCGAAUCUCGAAUACACAAUGGGCAGUGAUGGAAUGCCUAAGCCAGUGGGAGACGCGGCCUUGAUGGCUGUGCCCGAGUUGAGCAACAACAACAAUAAUAGGCAUCCAGGACGACGGUCAAUGGCAACAGUGGCAAGUCAGGAGUCACCGUCCACGCCACCGUCAUACGAGGAAGAGAGGCAAAAAAAUGGUGAGAGUCCAAAGAUGGAUUUCUUUUCGGACGAUUACUUACUUUUUAAUGAUCAAGGCUUCAGAAACGACAUUCCCAAACUCCACAGAACGAUGACGGAUGCUUACGCGGAUGAACUGUAUAACCCGAGCUUCCACAUUACCACUGCUCCUCAAACACAGACAGCAAUGACGAGGGCCUCACUCUCGCCUCAAAACGAUGUUUUCUCCCAAAGACUCCAGACCGCCAACAGUCAACACUUGAGCGCCUCGAAUACACAGAUUCCAUUGACAAUACCGAGUCGAGAACGCUCCCCUUUCAGGCAAGGGUCUCCCCUCGCUCCCUCUGUGAACAGCUUUGGGCCGCUUUCACCCAGUAUGCGACUCGGCACGGCAAGCCACAUGCGCGAGCAGCAAAAGGCGGAGAAUGAUGCACGGGCGAUCCAAAGACAGUUUGAAAGGACAUCACCAGAGCAGACAACACCGAAAACCAUCUCACCCAAAGAUGUUGAUCUAGUCUAUCAAGAAAAUGAAGAAGAUUCGAAUAUGCCGCUAUUCCCGCCACCACCCCCUUCGCAAAAGACACAGCAGCAGCGCCAAUCACCGCACUAUCGUCAGCAAGCAGCAAUCUCUCAGGAUACACAGGAAAUGGAUAAUAGUAAUGCAUCGCAGCAAAGCUAUGGGAGUAUGGCAACAUCCAGGCGGGAAAGCUCAUCCGCAUUCUCGACGUCGUCACAGGCUGCACAGCAACAACAACCACCACAACAACAGCAAGGGAACUUCAACUUUGUGGCUCCUGCACGCCAGAUGCAAAUCCCGCAGCAGUAUCCGUUUGUACCCCAACUUCAGACUCACAGACACACCAGCGGGCUCUCGGCAGUUAGCGAGGACUUCCCGGCCACCCUGACGUCGAUGGAGUCGAGCAGCAGCGAGUUUGCACCAGAGACGGAGCUGGAGCCGGAGCCGGAGCGGUCGAUGGACGAAAUUAAGAAACCCUCCCGCGUGUCGGCCGACACCGGAACGUAUACCUGUACAUACCACGGAUGUACGUUGAGAUUCGACACACCAGCCAAGCUACAGCGUCACAAACGUGAGGGUCAUCGCAGUUCGGCCUCGGUACCGGAGAGCGACCAUAGUGGCAGCGGGAUGACGAGUGAGGCGCAACGGAACUCGCAGGCGGGCCCACACAAGUGUGAAAGAAAUAAUCCGUCGACGGGAAAGCCGUGCAAUACCAUCUUCUCCCGACCGUACGAUCUCACGCGACACGAAGACACGAUCCACAAUGCGCGCAAGCAAAAGGUGCACUGUCCGCUGUGCACCGAGGAGAAGAGCUUCAGCCGGAAUGACGCGCUCACGAGGCACCUGAGAGUGGUGCAUCCGGAACACAUUGAGUUGUCUAGAAGCCGACGUCGCGGUGGACAUGAUUGA